AUGGCUCCCAAGAUUGCCAUCGUCUACUACUCGAUGUACGGCCACAUCCGUACCUUGGCCGAGGCCGAGAAGGCCGGUAUCGAGAAGGCCGGCGGUACUGCCGACCUCUUCCAGGUCGCUGAGACUCUCCCUCAGGAGGUCCUCACCAAGAUGGGCGCUCCCCCCAAGCCCACCGACAUCCCCGUCCUCGAGGACCCCUCUACCCUCGAGUCUUACGAUGCCUUCCUGAUCGGUAUCCCCACCAGAUACGGUAACUUCCCUACCCAGUGGAAGGCCUUCUGGGACAAGACUGGCAAGCAGUGGAGCACCGGUGGCUUCUGGGGUAAGCUCGCUGGUCUCUUCAUCUCUACCGCCUCCCUCGGCGGUGGCCAGGAGUCGACCGCCAUCGCCGCCAUGUCCACCUUUGCCCACCACGGCAUCAUCUACGUCCCCUUCGGCUACGCCAAGGCCUUCCCCCUCAUGGCCGACCUCAGCGAGGUCCACGGUGGUGGCCCCUGGGGUGCCGGCACCUUUGCCGGCGCCGACGGCUCCCGCCAGCCCAGCGAGAGGGAGCUCGAGAUUGCCCGCAUCCAGGGCCAGUCCUUCUACGAGGUCGUCGCCAAGCACGUCGGUUGA